UGGAGCCCAUUCACCUAGGUAAGCCGCACUGAGAUAUGUCGUCGGCCUUUCUCCUUCCAGCCUGGCCCAACCCUCGAUACAAAAAAAGGCCAGCAGGUCAUGGGUGAUCAUAGCUGGCAUGCAUUGCAGGGCGCGAGCGGACGCCGAACUAGAGGGCGCCGUUUCGUUGCCCAAAGGCCAAGUAGUAGUCGUCGACAGCUUGAGCAUGAUGAACCCGGCCAUCCACAAGAGCCCGGAGAAGUACGACGCCCCGCCGGUUCUACGAGAUGCGCAGGCGGCCCGUCGGCGAGCACAAGAGCGCGCUCGUUUCCACAUCGCCCCGACUACACCGUCUUCGGACACGGCCAGCACGCCUGUCCCGGCCGCUUCUUCUCGGUGCUCGAGGCCAGCGACGAGUAAACGGGCAUCCACGGGUCAUUUGGACAGGAUGAUAACUUUCUCCAGUUUGAAACCUAGCUAUAGAGGAUAG